UACUCAGCCAACCAACUUUCAGUUUAAACAAUUAAGUUUCAAUAGAAACACUGUCGUUAAACUACGGAAUAACAUUUCUCAAAGAACUUGCUAGAUUUACCAAACUUGCUGAGGCAUGAUUUACAAGAAAAAGCCCAAGGAGAAGACCUGCCACAGGGAGUCUGAAACACGAGGCCAGUGCUAACUAAACGUAGAACAAGCUGACACACCGGAAAACCCCGGAAAACCCCGGAAAACCCCGGAGACCCCUUCCCUAACACAUAAAAUAUGUGGAGGAGGGAGGACUGUAUGAAGGGAGAAAGGAGAAAGGACCCACUGACAGACGAAGUUUGCGCAAUGUAGCGUAAAUUGUGUGUUAAUUCAAUUAUGUGGCACGUAACCACCACGCCACACCGAACCACACAGCAAACAGAAAAGAGCCAGAGAUGCGUAAUUAAAAUACCAAAUGUUUAUUCAGGUAAAUAAUUCCAAAGUGCAAGACGAAAGCGUCGGCAACUGCAAUAGCAAAAUUGAUACCGUUUGCCCCGCCGACUGUUUGCUGUUUUCCUCUUUGCCAACCGAAUGCUACUGACUUUUGGCCAUGGAGCCGCGGCCAAAAACAAUCUAAUGUCAGUUGGACCACCCCCGCCCCGAAAAAUCCCCAACAGCGACCUAUUCAAGCGUUGAAAUUUCCAGCGCGCAAAAGUUUUUAACAAAACUUUUCAUUAAAGUUUGGCCAAGACCCAGAGACCAAACCCCAAGCUCCGGGCCAAAAAGAGCGACAGCGGCAAAAGAUGCGAAAACUUUUUCGCUGGCAGGCGUAGUAAACGUCAUUUCGCCUGGAGGAAUGCACAAAAAAUUAUUUCCCGGUUCGUCUGCACUGGGAAACACGCGGGGCAUACAAAUGUGCAGGUCGAAAAGAAUUAAUACAAAUAUUUUGAGACAAGCUGUGAACUUCAUUUUAAUCAUAAUCAUCUUAAGUGUAAUUUUUGAUAGAGCUUUAAUUUAGAACUAAUGUGCGGUAUUCCACUGCUGAAAUCUUUUUAUCUGUUAUUGCACUUUUCUUGCUAUUUCUCCCAGUGUACAGUGUGUGUUUAAGAAAUGGCUUUCGCCUGCAAGUGUAUUAGUUUCCUCUCACAUGUGCGUGUUGUGUGAGUGCUCGUGCACGUGUCUGUGUGCGAGGGUGCAAGGUUCUUCUCAAGUUUUUAGUCGCCAUCCGCAAAAUGUUUUUCUCGCAUUUCAAUUCACCACAAAAACGUUUUGAGAAAUUAUUGCAAAAGUUUUUCAUAAAAUGAAAGCGCAUAAAUUUCCUACAACAACAAGGGAAAAGGGCGGCGUGACUGACAAGAGGAGGGAGGGGGCGUGGCUCAGUCUGAGCCAAAUAUCAAGAGCCAACAGCAGCGUUGCAAGCGUGUGAUAGCAGACACACACACACUGGAAGUUAGUGCACCUUUGUGCGACACACGUUAAGUUGUAAAAACAAAAACACAACCCAAAAAUAUAGAAAAAAGGAAAAAGGAAAACAGGAUCCCAAAUGCAACAAUGCAAAGACAACAAACAGCGGCAAGUGCGAAAAGUCGUGGGGUGCUUAUAAUGGCGAGAGGGGAAUUUUAGAGUAUUCGCCGGAGGUGGAAUCUCUAAAAAUUCAGUCAGUUUGAGCCCCUAAAUACGAAUUCAGUUUAACCAAGAAUAUCGUAGACUGAUAACAAUUUCAGAGUUUUAACCAACAAGAAACACUAGUGAAAAUAUUUCAGAUAAGAAACAAGCUGUUUGAAUUAAACCACUACUUAGAGUAAUACCUGCAAAGAGGUGAUUUAAAUAUUAGGAGCCCUUCAGUACCCCAAAAAUAAACUGUAAGUUUACUACUUAGAAUGAAAAUAUAUGGUCUCAUAAUAAGUAAAAAUAUUGUUAUAAUUCUCAUAAAGUAUUGAAUCCAAACUUUUGCCAGGGCAUUCGAAAUUCGAGCAGCUUAAGUUUUAAAUCCUUCUCCACGGGCUUUGUGUGUGCGCGAUGUCUGCGUAUAUUUUUGUCGACUUUUCAACUUGGCGAUUGCGAAUGCGAUGGUGGUGCCGGUGACGCGGCACCACCGUUUUGUGGUGCGGUGGCUCGGUGGUGCGGUGUGCAUUUGAAAUAUGGUCGCUUGUGCCACAAAUAAAUAACGCUUUCAAAUCGCUCGCAAGUGGAUUCAGCAGCAUUCAGUGUGCCAAUGCUUGUGUGUGUGUUUGCGAGGAGUGGUUGUUGUUUGGCGGCUGCUAGUUAAGCACUCACCCACACAUAAGCACGAUUUAAUAUGGAAACUAGUGGGCAACAAAGCGCAGAUGACUAAACAAGAGACACAAAUACAAAGUAACUGGCACGGACAUUCAGAUACAAGAUCAGGCACACAUGGACUUCGCAAAUUCAGACAUUAUAUCUCUUUAAAAAAAUAGAAACACUUUAGAACACUGAAUAGUUUUAGAAAUGAUUUUCAAAAACCAAUUAUCGAUUCUAUGAAAAAUGUGGGAAAAUAAAUGUUUCCAAAUAUGUCUAGCCAACUCGCACGGAUACAAAUAAGAAUUUUCGCAAAAUAUAUUUAUUAAAUACACUACUCAAAAGAUUUGCAAAACAAUUAUCUUUUUUAUAUAUUCCUUUCUGAGCCAGAAAUUUGCUACAUAAACCGAAAUUGAAGGUAAACUUAAAGGGCCGUAGAAUAGUUUAAUCUGAUACAAAGUUAUGCCCUGCAGACAGCUGACAACUUUUGGUGAACAACUUCGAAAUAAAAUCAGACAUCCUUAAGUUGCCCCAAACGCUCACAAGCGCACAGUGAGUUGAGGGACACAAAAUAACAAUUAAACAUCAAGCUGACAAACUUUGCAACAGCAAACAAACAAGCUACAUGCAAGAUGGAGCAAAUACUGGAAUUAUACCUAUAUAAAUACGGAUAAGGAUAUAUGUGGAACAGCAGUUAUAUGGCCGCAGAAGACGCGCAAACUUCGCGGCAGGAUAAGCCCAAGUUGUAAGUGGAAGCGCUCAGGACGGGCGGGAAAACUUUGUCAGCGCGAACGUGACAUGAAAAUCGCUGAGCUGAUGAAAAAUGCUAAAUCGUGACGGGAAUCCCCAAGCCGCAAAGACACACUUGCAACUUUGGCAACUCUUGGAGGAGGACGCGAAUGCGACACAUGAACCGAGCCUACGGCAAUAAUUGACCUCCCCAACAUAAAGUAGGAGGGGAAUAACCAUAAAAUAUCCUCUGGUAGCUUCUGAAGAAUAAAACAAUAAUUAUACUCCAACACAUUAAAGACAUUGUGCUUACAACUUAUCUUAACUUAAAUCAUAUAUAACAUAAUUUUAUAUAUAAUGUAAUGUGGCACAUAUUAUCAUAAAAAACGGCUCUUUAAAGUAAAUUACAUUUGACAUAGAUAGACAGAAAUAUAUUUAGUUUGAUACCGUGCUUUUUGUUAACGUUCAACAAACUAGUAGAGCACCGCUAUGGUUUUGCCACUUCACAGAAGACAUUGUUCUGGGAGACCCGUGAAACUCGAGAUCACCCGUCAUCCGGGAGUGGGAAGUCCGGAGUGAGGAGUCCGCCGCGAGAAGACAACUCCCGGCGAGUGUGCCUAUAUUUGGGCCACAACUCCGCGCCAGCUAAUGGCUUCAUUUGGUCCGAUGUUGGGCCACUGCAACAGCAACAGCAACAGCAACUGCAAUUGCAACUGCCCCCGGACACUUGAUGCCCAUGCAGCGCGGAGAACUCGGUGUACUCGGUGCACUUGACUCCGCCGCUGCAGCGAUGUGGUCGUUUAAAAAUAUCACAAGACGAUCCCGCGUUCCCCGUCGAUUCCGCUCACGACAUCGCUGCGUUGGCAGCUAAAAAUAGUGAGACAAAUGUAUCUGGCUGUGUGUAUCUUCGAGUGCUGUGUGCAUCUACGAUUACGCGUCUGCCCCUCCACGGCACUCGUCCCCUUGGAACUCCUGGACUGGCAUGUCGCCCAUCCCUCAGAGUUGGUCUUCCGCCUAGACAAAAGGCUAAUGCACUUUCAGGCAGGCUGAUCCGAUGGCCAACGCAUCGGGAAGAGAUUUUGGUUGAUUUAUAAUGAGCCCAGCACACUCGGCUACCUAAUUGCUCACUAAGUGGCAAAUGUGUUCGAUGAUGAGCAGGCGUCAACCGGCAAACGCAGCAUGUGGGGAAAUCACUGGAAAUUGGAAAUUAUUAGGGGUGACCAUGUGGGUGGUCUAGAGAAAACCCUCUACAAAAUAUAGACGCAUAGGAAAAUGACAGUUUACCUGUAUUUAGCAUUGUGAAUAAAUAGGCAGGACAAUUUAUUAACAAUGAAUUCUUGAUAUUAAAAAGAAUAUGUAAUGACACAUUUAGGAAACUAGUUAUCAAAUAAAACCUAGCAACAGUGCAGGCAAAUUAUUAAAUGAAACAUUACACUUUUAUCAUAGAUAAAGCUUAGUCAAUAACUAAUCCAAUUAACUCAAUUAGUUUUUAAUUUAAGAUCGUACCUAAUGGCACAUUGUAGAUUGUAGCUGUACCCAAAAAAACUUAAAUGUCCCUUAAAAAUGAUAAUAUGCAUUAACCUUUAAGUAUUUUACAAAAACAAAUUACGUCAGCAGUCAUAAAAUAUAAAAUAUAAUUUUACAAUUAUUUCAAUUUUGUUGUCUACAAUUUUGUUGCGAUUAUUUCCAGUGCAUUGAAAGCCCCAUAAAUCAGAGCAUUUAUUAAAAAUGCAUUUGUAACUUGAACAGUUUGCUGAAAGUUGUUCGCAGCAGCAAAGAGAAAUCAGAACGACUUGAGAGUUUGUUUUGCCAUUUCCUCCAGCUUGGCCUGGCCACUUUAUUAAUUUUGAAAUAAAAUGGCACGGCCAUUAACAAUGCGCCAAGCAGAGUCCACUCUCAACGGCAACUAAAAAACUUCAAAGCCACAAUAAACAAUACACAAUACACAAUUCCCCGCAAGGACGAGAACAAGGACGAGAAGAGCCGGCAAAGCUGCAGCCAAAUAAAACAUGAUUACUUACACAACAUUCACUACGUGUAGAACACAUAUGUGCUAGGUACGUAAUUCGUGCAGUCGUACUUCUCUGAUGCACUGCAAAAAGGAUCAAAGGACCGGGAAGGACUUUCUUCGCACGCUUCGCAGUCGUUUGGAGCAUAUGUUUCGAACAUUUUUCAUAAUCAAAAAGCUUUUAGCGGCGGACAGUGGCAAUGAUGGCUGGUUGGAUGCUGCAUUCCCGCCCUCCCUUUCUUCCCGCCACGCCCCUUCUGCCCCCAGUGGGCAAGUGGAGCUUAUUGUCCGUUUCAUUUUCGAGUGCAGCAGCGUGUAAAAUCGCAAUAAUGCACAAGAUUCGCAGCGUAGCGCAGUUGUCCACAGACCGUUUCCCUUUUCCGGGAAUAAAAACUGAAGCCAGCAGUUGUGAGGGUCCACAACGAACUGGCUAUACCCUGCCUACCUAUUCUUCAUUACCGACUUUAAAUUAAGCACGGAGUUAAGUACUUUGAAUGUAAAAACGUUGUAUUAUUACAAUUAAUUAGUAAGUAGCUAGGACCUGAGGUUUGCUGGCUUACAAGAUUCUAUCCGGUAAAACUACAGCAAGUAGAGCAACUAGACCAAAAUAGAGCAUUGCCACAUGACAAAUGCAAGCCAAACUGCAAGCAGAAGCGACAACAGGCGACAACAACACUAGGAGCAUUUGUCAUGGCAAUUGAUUGCGAAGAAAUCCACAACACCCAAAUACAAAUUCAAUUUAACUUUCAGCUAAAGUACACACAUUGAAAGUAACACAAACAUUGGGAGCAAAGCGAAAACAAUACGAAAUCGAAUUCAAUUUUCAUAGGCUUAAAUUCAACCAACAAAUGGCAUUAAAUUGCAAAAGUAUCACAAAUGAAAUCAUUGGAUUAUAAUGGCAAUAUUUUGUGAGUUUCGCAAAUGUCGAACAAUAUUUAUUUGCUGUCGGCUGUUGAGAGGCAAACGGCUGACUUUUGAAACAGCGGCCCUAUAUUUGUUCUGGCCCACAUUUUGUUAUUGCCUCUCCAAAUGGUUUUAAUUGCCUUUCAUUUAUUUUUAUGCAAUGCCGGUCAUCAUAUGCAAAUAAAUCGCGCAUACGCCCCGUUGCUGCCACAUAAAGCACACCAGUGACCAGCUCGGUAAUUGAUGCUUAAGUUUUCUCGGCAACCCGAGUGGAGGCUUUUCGGGGUUGUCGAAUGUUUGCCGAAAGACUUAUCUAAAAUGGAUUAAAGGCUGGGCUUAAAAUGCAUAUAGAUAAAGUUAAACAUCGUGGUUGAAAUGAUACAACACGUGAUUUAUGGCAAACUCACCAACAGUGUUGCCAGCAGUCAGUCAAAAAAGGAUACAUUGGCCAAAAAAUACGGAGAAUUCCAAACCAAAAAGACGAACAGAUCUAAAUAAGAGUUCAUUUUGGUGAUCGAUACAGUUGAUGACUUAAAUUAAUAUAAUAUUUUUAUAUAAUAAUAUUUAUAAAAACGUAAUCCAUUACCUUAUUGAUAUUUGGGUUUUAGUGUUUCACUUUGGGACAAUCGUAUCAAGUUCUGAGAAUCGGUUAUUUUCUGCUGCUCCUGUAAUUUAAGUCUUUAGCCCAUACUGUGCAAAGUCCUCAGAUUACCCGCUUCACAAGGCUUACAUUGUUUCAUUUCCUAAUAAUCUUAUCUGCUUCAAACAAAUUCAAACAUUUUAGUACAAAAUUAAAGCGCAUAUAUGUAUACAGGGUGGACCAUCUAAAUGUGACCCACGUAAACUCUUAAUAACUUUGACCUACAUUGUCAAAUCGACAAACGUCAUACCACAUCUGAUUCUUCAUUUCAAGUAGUUAUUAACCAUGGAUAACUACACUCCACCUGAACGAUCGAUCGAAGCCACUUACCGUCAAUGGCGACCGAUAUCAAGCCAUGAUAACCGAUUUUUUGAUGCAAAUUGUGCGUAGAAAGCGAAUGCGUAACUUCUAAUUCCAGCAAGAUGGCCCGAUCUGACGCCACCCGACUUUUAUUUGUGGGGAUUUUUGAAAUCUGAGGUGUACAUCAACAAGCCAAGGACUUUGACCCAACUCAAGGCGAACAUCGAACGUGAAAUAGCGGCGGUAUAUGAACAAUUAAAUCUGCUAAACGAAAACUUCCCGCCCACAAGUAAGUUCAAAGAUAUUCACCCACCUUGCAGAUUAGGUGAAGCUCACUCUUUGUCCCUUGAGGAUUGCUGCCUCACAUUUAUAAGUAAGGACCUGAAGCAGCUUAAAAGUUCCGCCACCAAACCAGCAAACCGGCUCAGAGGUCAUAAUUUCUGGUUAAGCCGAGCGUAAUCGGCACUUUUACCUAAAUGGACCAUAAGGCGUUAAAAUGAUGCUAUCGCCCACACGAAAACCCAGGUCCUUAUUGCCCAACUCCGUUUUCGUGGCCCGGACUUACCUUUGGCAAUGCAAUAAAAAGCCAAAAUACAUUUCGAUUAUGCGGCAAGAAGGCACAUUUCUCCUGCCUUUCAAAUUUUCUUCGAAUGUUUUGUUCCGUUUCGUUUGGAUUCUUUUCCUUACUUUUUCGAUUCAUUUUAUUUCUGUAAAUUUUCCUGCGGCGCUCGACGACAAUUUGAAGGAGGUCGUCCACAACCCUUAGACGAAGUUCCCGUACAGCCGACAAUAAAAGAACGAAUUUGGUAAGAAAAUAGCAUAAAAUAUAAUUUGCUUGAAAGCCAGAAUAUGCUUACCUACUCUACUGGAGGGGACUUGGCUAUCAUUUUUAUGGCCUAAGUAUUGGAAUUGUUUUGCCUAAAUUGAUGUCAUUUUACCCCUGAGCAUAUGCUAAAGUAUCCCACAGCGUUUUCGUUCAUACUUACUUCAAAAAAAAACCUAUACAAGUAUAAAAGAAAAACCUGCUGAUAGCAAUUAUGUGUCUGCGACUAGUGGGAUCUGCUCUCUGUUGCUGUUGCAAAUUGGGUCUCAAGUGCCUGUGCAUUUUCGCCUGUUCCACGGUCGGUGUUAUAAUAAUAGUUGCCUUGGUCUUGUACUUUUGUUUCGUCCACAACAAAUCGGAGGACGCGACCACAAAGUCUCAGUCCGAUUCGAAAAUGGAGACAUCCUUGAAGGAUAGCAUAGCUACUGCAACGGAAGCCCCUUCGCUUGCCAGAGCAUAUCUCCAAAAACUAAUAGAACGAAUUUGAUAUGUGCAAAGAUUGUUAAUAAACUAUGAGUUUGUUCUGCUGUAAUGCACCCUUCA